AUGGAGGCAGGCUCGUCUCUAAGCCUCAAACGACGAUAUGAAGAGGUGGACAACAGCUCUCCAUUCUCCACGCCCAAGGACUCCGACGAUGACAUCUCCAGCAGCGACAGCGCCGACAGCUGCGACAGCCUCAACCCCCCUUCCAGCACCACCUUCACCCGUAAGCACGGACGGGCCCGCCCCCAACCCGGCCGUCGGUUAACGCCGUGCUCUAUUAACCGCCCCAAAUCCGUCUCUCCCCCCUCUUCGCCAGCUACCUCCAUCCUCAGGCAGCACCGGCCGUCGCCGGGAGGGAAGCGGGUGCGCUUCGAUCUGGUGACCGUGUACUACUUCCCCCGCCGGCAGGGCUUCACCAGUGUGCCCAGCCAGGGGGGCAGCUCCCUGGGCAUGGCCCGCCACCACUCCUCCAUCAGGCACUACACGCUGGGCGAGUUUGCGCGCGAGCAGGAGAGCAGCCACCGCCACACCCUGCGCCAGCACCUGCGGCAGGAGAAGCUCAAGGCGAGGAAGAUGAAGCCGCUGCCCACCAAGCGCCGGCGGGCGCUGCUGCGGGCCUCGGGCAUCGCCCGCAUCGACGCCCGAGAGAAAGCCGAGCUCCGGUCCAUCCGCCUCUCCCGGGAGGAGUGCGGCUGCGACUGCCGCCUGUACUGCGACCCCCGCCACUGCGGCUGCAGCCAGGCUGGCAUCAAGUGCCAGGUGGACCGGAUGUCUUUCCCCUGCGGCUGCUCCCGGGACGGCUGCGGCAACGUCUCCGGCCGCAUCGAGUUCAACCCGCUGCGCGUCCGAACGCACUACCUGCACACCAUCAUGAAGCUGGACGUGGAGAAAAAGCGGAUGCUGAUCCAAGGCCCCGGGGAGCCGUACGCUGAGCCGGACCCCGUCUCGUCCCCGUCCUCCGUUUGCCCCACGUCCCCCACCCUGUCCUCCAUGGCCGGCCUGGACUCGGAGCUGGAGGAGGGCGAGGCGCAGCCGGCCGGAGAGGCUCGGGACCUCCUGGCGGAGCAGGACAUACUGGAGCGGGAGAACGAGACGGCCGUGCUGCACCUGCAGAGCGCCGAGGAGCAGGAGAGGAGGGAGCGGGAGGAGGCGGUGCAGCAGGAGCUGGGCGGCGCCGGCCUGGCCGAGCAGCCCCUCUGCCUCCUGCCCGGUGCCUUGGGAGGGGAGGUGCCCGGCGUGGAUCAGGUCCUCCUGCAGGGGCCCUUCCCCACAGGGGCCACGGUGCUGUGCAUCUCCGAAAACCAGGAGGAGAGCCCGUCCGACCUGCUCAAAGACUCAGCCUCUCUGCUCUACUAUCAGCUCAACCCCAUAGAGCCCGGAGCCUUCGAGACGCCGCCCAAAGCCGGACAAGGUGAGAAGGAGGGGGAGCGCCCGGAGGCGGGAGAGAAGAAACAAGGAGAGGAAGAGGAGGAGGAGCUGAAGGAUGAUGGCAGACAGAGUGUGGGGGAAGCUGUGCCCAGAGUGAUGCUGUGCUCAGAGAAAAGGCCCGCUGGUCCUACUAAAGACGUCCCCAAGAAGUAUCAAGGCGAGCCCCGCUCAGAGAGAGAAGUCAAUCCACUGCCUCCAGAAGUUUAG